AGCAUUGAAUCCACCAGUUACUAUAAAGACGGACUCGUAUAAAGACCGUUAUUAACCGACAAUUAUGUCGUUGCUAAGUUUUUUGAAAAGUAAACUCUCAGUAGAGCCGACAGGGUUCCUUUAUUUCGUCACGUUAAUAUUCUCGGGUAGCUUGGGAACAAAUCUGCUGUUGUACAAAGCAUGUGAUCCGACUGGUGGUAUCGUUCAUCGGAUAGGUGCCAAGUGUGACAUUGAAACCGAAGCUCAACACAUAGUGGCUCCUAUAAAUGGAUGGAAGGGUAUAAUUCAGCAAGUAAUUCCGAUGGUAGUGACAAUGUUUGCGGGAGCUUGGAGUGAUCGACACGGUCAACGAAGGCAACCGUUGAUCUUAGGUCCAGUAAUUGGAUUGAUAAUUUCUGACAUUUUGUCGGCUUUUUGUACAAUUCAAUGGUCGAUCUCUCCGUGGAUCACGGCCGUUUUGCAGUCGUUGCCGUUGGCCAUCUCGGGAGGAUCCCCAUUGAUGUUCAUAGGGAUUUUUUCUCAUGUCGCCGACACUACAACAAUAGAAAUACGGACUAUAAAGUACGGAUUGGUUACAUGUACUAUAUUUUUGGGGGGAAUUUUCGGAAUGCUAAUUUACGGAAACAUAGUUCUUAUGCUGGGCUUCUUUUACACGUACACCGUUUCCAUCGCAAUGGGUAUAGUCAACAUAUGUUUAGUGUUAAUUUUCGUAAAAGAUGCUACCGCGAGCUACACAAAAAAGCCUUUAGUCAAAGACAUUAUCGAUACUGUGAAUCCGAUGAACAUUUUUCGGUCGUGGUACGGCGUGAUAAGUAAGACUCGCAGUCGUCAUGUCUCUCUGGUCUUAUGGUUGGUGGUACUCUUGUGUUCACCAUUAGUAAAUGUGCCUUUGGAAGGCGAAAAUGCAGUUACAUAUUUAUAUUUACGGAAAAGGUUUAAUUGGAACGAAGUUGAUUUUAGUAUUUUCAAUGCCUACCAAAUGUCGAUCUUAUUAAUUGGUUCUUUGAUAUCUCUAGGUCUUUUGAGUCAUAUUUUUAAAUGGGACGACGCUCUAAUCGGCUUAUUGACAUCAUUUUUUGACUUAUUGGCAGCCAUUGCUUUCUUUUUUGCUAGUGAACCAUGGCAGGUGUAUUGCGUUCCUCUGUUAGAACUUUUUCGAGGCGCUGGUUUAGCAAUUACGGGCUCAAUAGCUUCAAAAUGUGUUCAAUCCGACGAAUUGGGUUCAAUGAAUUCAAUAAAAUUAUUGGUGGAAUGUUGUAUGCAAGGAAUUUUUUUGCCGGUGUAUAAUAAUGUUUACAAUGCAACUUUAGAAACAAUGCCCAAUGCUUUCUUUCUGUUAAGUACAUUACUUACAACUCCAUUGUUGUUUUUAUUUUGUGUGAUAUAUUUUUUAACACGAAAAACUGCAAAAUCUACAAGCAAAGACGAGUCGACCCACAAUCAAAAUGAGACAAAUAAUGUUGAAAUGAAUAACUAGUGACAAUGAUAAAUCUUAUGUAUGAAUAUAAUUUAAGAACAGUAUUGUUUACUUAGUUUUACUAUCGUUAAAUCAAUGGUAUAACGUUUGUUCGUUGUGAUAAAAAAAUAUUAUGUAGAAUAAUUAACUAUAUAUACUGUAUUUGCAACAAAUAAAAUAGAUUGCAUUACUUAUAAUGUUAAUCACCGUUUCCUAUUACAAAUUGUAUGAGAAUAUCAUGUUGUAUAAUAUAUAGCCAUAACUAUAGAUUA